UCCGCCUCUAAAACUCCUAGUUUGCGUAGCAAGGGAAAUCAUUUAGAAACCAAUGAGCUUCUAAUGAAGGUGGAGCUUGCGACGAAAAUCUCCACCUACUCUUAAAACGCUCUAUUUCCCUCUGCUUGCCCGCGAAGAGCGACAGCACGAACCGGGAGAAGAUUGAAGAGAACGCAAGACGAGAGAUGAGAAGAUGAGGGAACGAGAGAGACGGAGAUGUAGAAGCAGAUGAGGACCUUUAAGUACGUCUUAACUCGGCCAAGUCAGUUGGCAUCUCGCCGCUCCGAGCAAAAUGAUGCCUUCGUGUUCGAGCGCGAUCCCGCGAUCAACCAUCUCGAUCAGCGACACUUAAUAACGUUCCUGUGAUUUCAACAAAAAAAUUAUAAACCUUGAAGUUACAUCUUACCUACGCUUAACGCAAACUUAAGAUUGUGUCAACGUGUAUCAAUUUUUCGAGGCUGCGAGUGAAUGGAGAACUUUUGCCAAAAUCGGUUUAUGAAAUAAAAAUUGGACAGCGGAAGUUGAAUAAGAAGGUGGACGAAUAAAAGUUUUGGGAGAUAUCAGGUGAGACUUCAUUUCGUGAAUCAAGAUGAUGCUCGCGCGUUGACGCGGCUGACGAUAUAAAUAGGCAAGAGGAGGAUGUUAAAAAAUUAAGAGUCCCUCGCCAAAAAAAAGCGGAGAUGGCAAUGAAAUCGUAUUGAUUAUCAUGCCGGUGUGAGGGAAAGUGCGAGGAAAAAAAAGGAAAAAUGUUGGACGCGAUGGAUGCGGAGCAAAGCGCGAACAACGGCGUGAUAGUGUCACAGCUCACGAGUUCGCAUACCCCACAGGAUUUCACGGUCUCUCGUCUGCUAUCCACGUCUACGCAAUCCUUAGAUUGCAGCGAAACCUCUACUGCUGGAAACAGAAGACCCAGGAGGAGCAGGACGACCUUCUCGGCGCAACAGUUGGCCGCGUUGGAGAGGGUGUUCGAGAAGACGCAUUAUCCGGAUGCCUUCGUUCGCGAGGAACUGGCGACCAGGGUGUCUCUGUCGGAGGCUAGAGUGCAGGUGUGGUUCCAGAACAGACGGGCGAAGUUCCGGCGAAACGAGCGGAGUUCGGCGAUGAGCCGCGGCGUUUCCGCGGGCAGAGAGAUGGAGGCCGCGUUACCCCUGCGUCCCAUCAGGGUGUCGCAUCCUGCGCAGCACAACGCGGAGAACAGUACGUCGGAGUCGUCGCAGAGUACGUCGCAGAUCACUCAGGUAACGGCCCAGUAUUCUUACGGCGAUUAUUGGAGAACGGCGCCACAGCAUUACGCGGCGAUGCAGACCGCGGCGAGCUGUCACGGCUUCGCCGCGAACGGCGGUCUGGCGAACGUGAGUCUGCCGCCGUACCACCAUCACCAUCACCACCAUCAUCAUCAGGCCGACAUCCACCACGGAUCCCUCGACGGGCCCACCGUGAACGGCCUGAACGCUCUGAGACUGCGAACGCAUCCCUACGGCUCCACGUAUCCGGCGAUGCACGCGAGUAUGUGAUACAUUCGCAGAAAUCGAAUCUGCGGAGUGUGCUUCGCAGUCUCAUCCAACGCGAUGCGACGAGGAACAUUCAUCCUGGUGGUCCUGGAUGUUGAAAUGUAGAAAUCAACCAAAGAUAAUAUUUCGAUGGCAAAAAUAAAUUUAAGAUUGCGACCAGAGGUGAGUUGGGGAAACCCAAGGAUGCUAACGUCUCGGGCAUCUCGGAUUUUUAAGAUGCAAAGGUGAUAAUACAAAAUAUUCUGCAGAUUAUCGCUGUAAAAACGUUCAACGUUGAUGCCUUAACCAAUGAUGAUCAUUAGAUAAUGAUUAGAUUAAGUUUUAAACUAUAAGUUCUGAACACACAGGGUAACGAAUAAAUAAGUCAUCUUCUUUUUUUUCCCGUUGAUAGAAUAGCAAUGUUAAGUUACGAGAAAGUAUAUUAAUAUCAUAAUUAAACGUAAGUACAAUAGAACUUUAUUCUACAAAAUUACGGCCUUAUAGAUAUGUAGACGGUAUAGACAAACACUGUCGUGUGCAAUAAAAACAUUGAGAUCGGAGAA